GAAUAAAGCAGCCUCGUAAGUCCAACCCAGCGCCUGCUCAGGGGGCUGGGAUUUUACAGCGGACAGCACGGGAUUAGUACGGCGAAAUAUUUUCCUCUAAACGCAGUUUAACAUUGCGCAGCGGUUCGAGUCUGAUUCCACACGUGCAAUUCAAAAACCUAUGGUAGAGCUAGCAAGACUGCCUGUCAAACACAUCCACAAUUAAGCGAUGACAAUGCGUACUUUCGAGGAUAUUCCCAAUGAAAUUAUCUUGCACAUCGCUCAGGAUGUCUCAUCACCCUCUGAGCUCAUCUCCCUCACACUCACAUCCCGUCGUUUACGUGGGAUUGCCGAAACUCAGCUAUAUCGAUCUGUGUCUCUCAAGGACCGUGGCUUCGAGACAGGAGACGAACGCCAACUUCGAAGAUUCGUACAUACGCUUAUUUUGCGGCCUGAACUACGACCACUCACCCGGCAUCUUGACAUUUUAUGGUAUGGCCUUUAUGAUGAAGAGGAAACAAAGUCGAAAACACCAUACGCUGCAGACAAAAGCAAACUGAUUGCUCUCCAAACUUUGGCGCGCGAAAAGGGAAUGUCGGCUUGUGCUGUUUUUGACCUCGAGAAGGGUUGGUGUCGACCUUAUUUCUCAUUGUUGAUGCAUAUCCUGCCAUCGUUGGAAAGUCUAGUGAUAAGGGAAAUGGACUGUGAUGUGGUGAUGGCCACAAGGUGGACUUGGCGUCUCAGUGGAUACCAUGGGCCCCUCCCCAUAGCUUUCCAGUCUUUGAGGAGUCUUGGGCUGAGCUUCCACGCGUACAGGGAUGGUCUGCGCACUGCGGAUGUCGUCCCCUUUAUGUCCCUUCCCGCUCUCAACUCGUUCCGAGUGAGCCAAUCUCCAGUAUGGGAUAUGUUUCCCUGGUGGACGGGGGUUAAAUCUAGCGAUGACUCCAGCGAUGAUGAGGAUUUGGCACUUCGGAGACAGACAAUCUUUCGAAGCGUGCGCUUCACCAACCGAUCGUCAAAGCUCAAGAAACUUGAGCUGAGCUUGAGCGUCGUUAACCCAGAGCUAUUAGAUUGCAUUUUUCAAACCCCUGAAGCGUUGGAUAUACUGAUUUAUCAUAAUGGCUGGGGUGCUGCCAUAUAUCAUGGCAUUGAUCCUCCUGCUUUCUGCAGAGCUCUCCGACACCAAUUGCAGAGUCUUACCACUCUCUGCAUUACGAUUUCGGGCUAUUUAGACGAAAGUCUUGAACCCAUGGGUACCCUCAGUGAUUUCAUUUCGCUCAAGACGCUCUCUAUCCCAUGCUUGUACCUAUUCGGGCCUUCGAGUGUCGUCGACGAUGGGCCGCAAGAGAGUUGCAAAUUCUUUGAUUUGCUCCCACCGAAUCUCUUGAGUGUGACUAUCGGCACGGAAGGAGGCUGGAACGUGGAAAAGUUUGUUGAUGCUGUUGGUGGGGGAGAUGAUGAGGAAUGGAGGUUUUUACGAAGUCAACGCCUACCGCACUUGGAAGAAUUCAUCCUUACUUCGGGGGUGCCCAAUAAUGCUGCAGCGACACUGGAGAUGAUGGGGAUAAAUUUCAAGCUCCCCACUCACUAACUUGCCAAGCAAGUAGUCCAGGCAGUUAUGACAAUUAGACACCCGAGACAAUCAUUUCUGCAUCUUGUCAUAUCAUAUAUAUAUCCAUCGAACGUCCCAAAAAUUGUUACGCAGUACAUACAUUCCUUUCUACACUUAUAAUUAUGUGGCUCGAUGCAAUCUUAUA